GAAUUUAAAGCGCAUUUAAAUGAUAGUCAGUCUCCGGCUUCACAACCUAGACAGUCUUUAGUCAGACCGCGUAAAUCUUUGGUAGCUACCGCAACAUCAGCAGCUAGAAGGCAAUCAAAUUAUCCAGAAGGUGAUGAUGACGCUGCUGAGAAGCGUAGAAGGCGAAAGUCGCACUAUCCAGAUGACGAUACUAGCAAUAAGAACUCACCAUCGCACAAAACAAAGAAUAUGAACGUUGGUUCACGCGUAGCUAGGCAUAAACUUGCCACUACUAUCGCACCUCAGCCUGCAGGCAACACUCCAGCUCUCAGUUUAGAUGUUAUGACAACAAAUUUCGAAGAAUGGAUGAAAAUGGCAACGGACAAUAAAAUUAACGCGGCAAACACUUGGAAUUUCGCUUUAAUCGAUUAUUUCGCUGAUAUGUCUCUCUUGAGAAAUGACGACAAUCAGAAUUCAAUCAAUUUUCAAAAAGCAAGUUGCACUUUAGAUGGUUGUGUUAAGAUCUGGACAUCUAGAGUUGAUAGUGUAGCUACUGAAGCUGGAAAGCUUAUCAACGGUUUAUCAGCAGGUGGUACAAAUGACCGCGAAGAAGCCGCGAAUAAUGAAGAUGAAAGUGAUGCUGAAGAAGUCACCGAAAAAGUUAGCAAGAAAAGAAGAGCACCACGUACUGGAUCGACGUUGGUCUCAGAUUUCAACUCCAUCAAAGCAAAAGAAUUCGAAUUAGAACUGGCGGUUGACCCACUUUUCAAAAAAACCUCAGCUGAUUUCGAUGAAGGCGGUGCUGGCGGCUUACUGAUGAACCACUUGGGUGUUGAUGGUGUUGGUCGUGUUAUUUUUGACUCAUCGGAUGUUGUCAUGGUUGAAGAUGAAGACGAAUAUCAAGGCACUGACCAAGAUCCACGUAUAGACAUUAAAGAACUACAAUCAAAAUUCUUAUCUUCGAUUCAAGAACUAGAUGAAAAGGAAAUCUGCCCUUCUUUGUCAACAUUCAAAUUUUCGUUAAAUCCAACGGAUGAAGACCUAACUGAGAAUCCUUUUGAGAGACCAGUUACUCCUCAAGAUGAAAAGAUGGAAUUCCAGCAUGAUGACCAGGAUGAUUUCGGCGGUGGAGCUGAUAUGGCAGAUGUACAAAUGGACGACUUCUUUGACUCAGCGGCAAAUGACGAAGUUGGCGAAAUCGACGAAGAAGCUUGGACUGUUAACCCUACUAUCACAGCCAACGCUGGCGGUGUUGACGAAGAUGGUUGGAACAUACCUGACUCUUUAAGCAAAAAUGAGGAACAACAGCAACAGGUACACACAAUUGAUCAAUUUGAUCCAUCUGGUGAUGGUAAUAUGGUCAUGUCAUCCAUACCUAUCAAUUCUGAAGGCAUGUUCGACUACUUUGAUAAGAACAUGAUGAAAGGUUGGGCAGGUCCUGAGCAUUGGGGUGUUCGUCGUUCGGUAAAACGAGAUGCGGCUUCAGCUCCAAAGAAAGAAAAGAGUAAAGAGGACAAAACUAUUCCUAUGAUUGACUUUGAUGAGCCAACGAAAUCUAACAGUAAGACGCUCUUCAUGCCACCAACAGCAAGAGGAGCAGGAUCAGCUUCGAUUAUGAUGCCAAAGAAGAAUCGUGAUGGUGAAUUCCUUUUACCAGAUGAUAUUCACUUUAACUCAAAGCAAUUACUCAAGCUAUUUUUAAAACCAAAGGUCUCACUUAGAAUGAAAUCUAGCAAACUUAUUCCAGGGGGUAAUCAAAACAAUGACAAUGCUGAUGCUGCUGCAUUCUGGGCUGGUGCUUCUGAGGGUUUGGAAUUCGAUGAUGGUGAACAACCACCAGCUGCACCACUUGAUCCACAGUUCUUCCAAGAAGAUGAUCCAGAUAUGGGUGAUGAUUUAGUUAGCGGUGAAUUAGAUCCAGGUCAUCAAUCAGAGCAUGUGAAUGAAGAUGACGCAUUGGCUGCCACACAUUUACAACAAUUGAACAAGGUUAGACCAGAAUUUGUUAACUACUCUAAGCGCGCCAAGCGUGUGGAUGUCAGAGCUUUGAAGGACAACAUUUGGAAGAGCUUGGAAGCUCCUGAUGGGGAUGACGAGGCGGAGAAUGUCGCACCUGGAGAUAACGAUGAAAAGAAGGAAGUUGGAAAGAAGUUUUCAAGUGUUAUUGAUGGCCUAAAGAGUAGCUAUCCAACUGAAAAACUUAACGACCUUUCCACAAGUUUCUGUUUCAUAUGUCUGUUGCAUCUUUGUAACGAGCACAAUCUCAAUUUAGAAACAUUCGCCAAACAUGCUCUUGAUCCAGAGCAGCAAGAGAAAGGAUCUGUUGUCGGAUUGGACAGGGUCAUGGUUAACAAACUAGCAAAUUACGUUAUAUCUCAGACCUAAACCUUUGUAUCUCAGCUAUUUAUGUACAUUAAUACUCUA